CGGCCGCCACCGCUUGGUUCACACGUGUCACGUCGCUCUCCCUCGAACCGGUUGUCCGGAGCCGUUAUACGUCCGCUCCGGCACUUGCAAGUCUAGCACCAACCUCUGUGUUGUUUUCGCCUUUUCAUUUCCCGUCAAGUGUCAUAGUAAGAGAUGAAAGCGUAUGAUUAUGAGUUGACUUCAUCAAAGACGCACGUGUACAUUAUUUUCCUGAUAUAAGAAAACCGAAUGAAAAAAUGUGAUUCCCACGGAACAGAAAUAAUCUAACAUCAAAUUAACAGUUAUAGAAAUUAUAAUCAGCAAGCUCUCGUCACUUGUGUUCCCAUCUCUCUGCAAAAAAGGAGAGAGAAGAUACAAAUAUGGAUAAGGAAAGAGAUUAAUAAGAAUGAGAGAUAUGAGGAAAGGAAGCCAGACAUAAGAGACGGUAAACGCAAUCUAUUCGUAAAACAAGCAGACAGAAAAUAUAACAGACCCUAAGUAAGAAAGACAGUAACAGCGCCGUAUACAUUUUUCUAUCGCAAGAGCUCUCUGUGACAGCCGGCAGGACAAGGGAGAGUUUCAGAUUAUCAGGACAAAAAAAAAGAAAUAAAAAAUCUCAAUGUCCCAAGUGUGAAAUAGUGAUGAAAUAUCGAAAGAUAGUCAUUGAUGGACGAAAGUGUUUGUAUAGUGAUGUGUGAUUUAAUGAUGACAAGUUCGCCGCUCCUGUUACGCUGUGACCUGUGACGACCUGAGACCUGGACCCGUGCGCCCCUCUGGCACCUUGAACCGAGCCCCUACCACAUUCCCCUGCGGGUCGGGCGAGGCGAGGUCAGGUCAUGGAUGUCGCAGGCGGCGGCUGCGUCUCGUCGUGCCAGAGCUCCCCGAGGAGACGGCGCAAGUCCGCCUCGCCCUCAAGCCACCAGGAAUUCCACGCCCACGAUGCCUACGAGGGCGAGGACCCGCCGCCCACCUGGGUGUACAUGACGGUGUGGGUGGCCGGGGUGCUCGUCUACGUCAACGGCCUCUCGGGGGACUUCGUGCACGAUGACGUCAGCGCUAUCAAGACCAACCCAGACGUGCUGGCGACGACGCCGCUCUCGCACGUCUUCCUCAACGACUACUGGGGGAAGCCCAUGUCCGACCCCCUCUCGCACAAGUCGUUCCGGCCGCUCACCAUCCUCACCUUCAGCCCACACCCCGCCCUAAAACCUCUUAACAUCCCCACCCCACCCACACCCUACCCACACACCCAGCACCACACCUCAGCCACACCCCACCCACACGCCCACCACAGCCCGCCCACAGCCCGCCCCACGCCCUCUACACCGCAGACAAACCGCACAUCACCAUAUACAAGCUCAUGCCCAGUAAAGCUGCACAGUGGAUGCAAGCCCAUGUUUAUUUCUUCCAUUUAUUUAGAUGGUGUUGCAUGUGCAAUCCGAGAGACUGUGUCGCUGGUCAAUACUACACAAAAAUGA